UACGAAGCCUUCCUCCUCUCCGAUUGGACUGUGUGGCACGGCCAAGUUGUCAGCCCAUGUGGCGUGGCUUCAGAGCAUGUCAGCCAUUUAAAAUAAGCAGAGAAAGAGACAAAUCGGCUACGAUUUUUUUAGGUCCACAAUUGAAUUUGUCCUAUCAAGCAAAUGCCGUCAAUGAAAUUAAAAGGCAAGCGUUAAAACGUGAAGUUAGGAUUGUGCCGUGGUCAUCGUUUACAGCAGAGGAUCUCUAAAUCUGUCAAGUGCCGUUAACUGUUUGCAGAUUUCAAACGAUGGAGGAAGUAGUUAUAGCCGGCAUCUCGGGACGGCUCCCAGAAUCCAACAAUUUAGCAGAAUUCUGGGAGAACCUUUUCAAUGGAGUUGACAUGGUUACGGACGAUGACCGAAGGUGGAAGUCAGGUAUAUAUGGAUUGCCCCGCCGAAAUGGUAAACUGAAAGAGAUUGACAGGUUUGACGCAGCCUUUUUUGGCGUGCACCCCAAACAGGCCCACACUAUGGACCCUCAGCUGCGACUCAUGCUUGAAAUCUCGUAUGAAGCUAUUGUGGACGGAGGAAUAAACCCAACAACCAUGCGUGGCUCUAAAACUGGAGUAUACAUUGGCGUCAGCGGAUCAGAAGCAGGGGAGGCCUUCAGUCGAGAUCCAGAGGAGUUGCUAGGAUACAGCAUGACUGGUUGUCAACGUGCCAUGUUCGCAAAUCGCAUUUCCUACUUUUUCGAUUUCAAUGGUCCCAGUACAGCUAUUGACACGGCCUGCUCCUCUAGCCUCUUAGCUCUGGAAAAUGCUUUCCACGCGAUACGUCACGGCCACUGUGAGGCUGCCCUGGUGGGUGGUGUAAACCUCUUACUGAAGCCCAACACCUCUGUGCAGUUCAUGAAACUGGGCAUGCUCAGUCCGGAUGGAACCUGCAAGUCAUUCGACUCCUCAGGCAAUGGUUACUGUCGGUCAGAGGCGGCGGUUGCGGUGCUGUUGACGAAGAGGUCUGCUGCCAAAAGGGUGUACGCCACAGUGCUCAAUGCUGGCAAUAACACUGAUGGUUACAAAGAGCAAGGUGUAACCUUCCCCUCGGGAGACAUGCAACAACGUCUUGUCCGAUCACUUUAUGAGGAGGCUGGUGUCUCCCCGCAGCAGGUGGAAUACAUUGAAGCCCAUGGCACUGGGACAAAGGUCGGUGACCCACAGGAAGUGAAUGGCAUCGUCAGUGUCUUUUGCCAGGAGAAGCGCAGCCCUUUGCUGAUUGGCUCCACCAAGUCUAAUAUGGGUCAUCCGGAACCAGCCUCUGGGUUAGCUGCUCUUGCCAAGGUGGUCUUGUCAUUAGAGCAUGGUGUAUGGGCACCAAACAUCCAUUUCCACAAUCCAAACUCAGACAUACCCGCGCUUCUAGAUGGACGUGUGCAAGUAGUGACUGAGCCCACUCCAAUCAGCGGUGGCAUCGUUGGUUUAAACUCGUUUGGCUUUGGCGGAUCCAACGUCCACGUGAUCCUGAAACCGCCGCCAUCCAAGGCGUCGGCUCCAGCUGAAGCCAACCACAAGUCCACUCAGCUGCUGAAACUGGUGCAAGUAUGCGGCCGCACAGAAGAUGCGGUGAAGGAGCUUCUUCUCCAAGCCAAAAACCACAGUGAUGAUCACAGCUUCUUGUCCCUGUUGAAUGAGGUGUCGUGCAUGCCGCCCUCCUCAAUGCCCUGCAGAGGGUACACACUCGCCGGGACAGAAACAGAUUCCAGCGAGAUACACCAGCCCUCGUCUGCUCCACGGCCAAUCUGGUACAUCUGCUCAGGUAUGGGUACACAAUGGGCAGGUAUGGGCCAGAGCCUGAUGCAGCUCCAGGUCUUUAGAGAGUCCAUCCUGCGCUCGGAUGUGGCGUUGAAGGACACUGGCCUGUGUAUCUCAGAGCUGCUGAUGAAGGCUGAUGAGACCACUUUUGAAGACACUAUUCACGCUUUCGUCGGCCUGGCUGCUAUUCAGAUUGCACAGAUUGACAUGCUGAAGAAAUUGGGUCUCGAGCCAGAGGGGAUCAUUGGACACUCUGUUGGUGAACUGGCCUGUGGCUAUGCCGAUGGAUCUCUGAGUCACGCCGAAGCCAUUCUAGCAGCAUACUGGCGCGGACGCUGUAUCAAGGAAGCCAACUUGCCACCUGGAGGAAUGGCUGCAGUUGGUCUUACUUGGGAAGAGUGUAAAGCCCAGUGUCCACAAGGCGUCGUUCCUGCUUGCCACAACGCUGAGGACACCGUGACCAUCUCAGGGCCUCAGGAUGCAGUCAUUAAGUUUGUGGCAGAGCUGAAGGAGAGUGGUGUGUUUGCCAAGGAGGUGCGCAGUGCUGGAGUCGCUUUUCACUCCUACUACAUGGAGUCUAUUGCACCCAACCUACUGUCUGCUCUGCAGAGGGUCAUCAAGAGCCCAAAGCCGCGAUCGGGCCGCUGGCUCAGCACGUCUGUCCCUGAGGGGGACUGGAAGAGCCCCAUGGCCCUCCUCUCGUCUGCAGAGUAUCACGUCAACAACCUGGUCAGCCCUGUGCUCUUCCAGGAGGCCCUGCGUCACGUGCCAGACAACGCUGUUCUGGUGGAGAUUGCUCCACAUGGCCUUCUUCAGGCCAUUUUGAAGCGGAGUGUCAAGUCUUCAUGCACCUGUCUUCCGCUGAUGAAGCGAGGUCAUGGAAACAACCUGGAGUUCUUCCUGUCCAAUGUAGGGAAACUGUUUGUUAAUGGUGUCACAUUAAACAGCAAUCAUCUGUGCCCAACUCUGGAGUAUCCGGUGGCUGCUGGGACACCCCAGAUAUCUCCGUAUAUUUCAUGGGAUCAUUCACAGGUGUGGGACGUGCCAAAGGCAGAGGACUUCCCAUCUGGAUCUGGGAGUUCCUCCGCUGUAGUGUACAACAUUGAUAUGAAAGCCGAUUCUCCAGACCGCUACUUGGAGGGACACUGCAUCGAUGGACGCAUACUGUACCCUGCCACAGGCUAUCUGUCUUUAGCCUGGAGAACCCUGGCAAGGAGCUUGGGAACUGUACUGGAACAAACGCCUGUGGCCUUCCAGGAUGUCACCAUUCACAACGCUACCAUCCUUUCUGUGGACGGUUCUGUCCAGUUGGAGGUGAGGCUCAUGCCAUCUACAAAUCAGUUUGAGGUGUCUGAGAAUGGAAACCUGGCUGUCAGUGGAAAAAUUCGUCUCCUGGAGGAUUCUGCUUUGGACUACUUCCAUUCCCAACUCGAUGAAUCGUUGAAAACUGCCGAGAAAGAUCCUCAGCUGACAUCUGCCGACAUCUAUAAGGAACUGCGACUGCGUGGUUAUGAUUAUGGAAAGACGUUCCAGGGCAUAUUGGAGUCUAGCAGUGCUGGUGAUCAGGGCAAACUGGAGUGGAAUGGGAACUGGGUGUCGUUUCUAGACACCAUGCUGCAGAUGCUUGUUGUGGGUUUGUCUGGCCGCAGUUUGCGGCUGCCCACACGAAUUCGCUCCGUCGUCUUGGACCCUUCAUGGCAAACAAAGUUUGUGCAUGACUACAAAAGUGAGAAGAAGGCUGUGGAUGUCUUCGUGGAUCGUUACUUGGACAGCAUCACUGCAGGUGCAGUUCAGAUCUCCGGUCUCCAUGCGACUGUGGCCCCCAGGCGGCAGCAGCAGCAGCGGCCCCCCACACUCGAGGAAUUUGUGUUUGUUCCAUAUUGCCAGACUGGUUGCUUGGAGACCAGUACGGAGCUUAGAGCUCAGCUGAAGAGCUGUAAAGUACUCGUCAAGAGUCUCCAAGCCAAGCUCCAAGCUCAGGGUGUGCCUAUCUCCAUCCCUGGUCUGGAGGGCAUCAACGACGUUCAAAACUCCACUGAGCCAAAGGAGGAGGAAGGGGGCUUGGUCAGGCUGCUGUCUGUGCUCUGUGGUCUGGAGCUCAAUGGCAACCUGCGGUCUGAACUGGAGCUGACGGUGGACAGGGAGCGUGAUUGCCUGCUCUCUGAUCCUCUGCUGAACGGCUUGCUGGACUCUCAGGCGUUGAGAAAUUGUCUAGACACUGUCCUGGAGAACAGCAGACCGGGAAGAGUGAAAGUGCUGGAGGUCAUGGCUGGUGAAGGCAGGGUCUUCUCUCGUGCAGUUGACCUCCUGAACAUCCAGCCCAUGCUGCAGGUGGAGUACACGGCAUCAGAUGCCUCUGGAGAUCUCCUGGCACCGCUGGAGUCCUCCAUGACCGAGCUCGGGGUCUCGUCCGCGGUGUGGGACCCCACACAGAGUGCUGCCGCCGGGCUUCCUACGGAUGCUGACCUGGUCAUUUACAACUGUGUGCUGAGUGAUGUUUCUGCUGCUGAAGUCCUGGGGAAUCUAGCCUCAGCCGCCAGAGACGGGGGAUUUGUGCUGUUACACGCCUUAACAAAGGGAGAUACGCUGGGAGAUACGCUGGCCUUCCUCACUUCAAAGAAAAAUCAAAAUGGCCUGUUGACACAGGCCGAGUGGGAGCAGUUGAUUGGCCAGUCCUCUUUGAUGGUGGUCGCCAUGAAGAAGUCCUUCUAUGGCACCGUUUUGUUCCUGUGUCGCAAGAAAACCUCUGGAGACCAACCCACCAUUCUGUCUGUAGAUGACAUGGAUUACAAAUGGGUAGAUUCACUGCAGACUCAAUUUGCUCAAGCAUCAAACAGUUCUCUGUGGCUCACCUCCACCCAGAACCACAAUGGUGUCAUUGGUAUGGUCAACUGCCUUAGACAAGAACCUGGUGGCAACUGCAUAAGGUGUGCAUUUGUGUCAAACCUUCAGGAGUCAUCCGCCACUCCGUCUCUUGUCCCAACGAACAAAGACAUGCAAGCAGUGAUGACGAGAGAUUUGACCAUGAAUGUCUUCCGAGAUGGAGUUUGGGGAUCAUUUCGCCACCAGAUACUCCCACAAAAACUUCAGGAAGAGCAGACGGAACAGGCGUACGUCAACGUGUUGACCCGUGGUGACCUGUCCUCCCUGCGCUGGAUCACCUCCCCACUGCAGCACUUCACACCUUCCAACCCCAACAUGCAGCUGUGUCAGGUGCACUACGCCUCCCUUAACUUCCGUGACAUCAUGCUGGCCACAGGGAAGCUCCCGCCAGACGCCAUCCCUGGUGACUUGGCGCUCCAGCAGUGCCUUCUGGGAAUGGAGUUCUCGGGGACGGACCCUAGUGGUAAACGGGUAAUGGGCCUUUUGCCCGCCAAAGGUCUCGCCACGUGCGUCGACGCUGACAAACGCUUCUUAUGGGAAGUGCCCUCAAACUGGACAUUGGAGCAGGCUUCAUCAGUGCCGGUUGUGUAUGCCACCGCAUACUACGCCCUUGUGGUCCGCGGCCGCCUGAAGGCCGGCGAAAGUGUUCUGAUCCACUCGGGCUCGGGUGGGGUGGGCCAGGCAGCCAUCACCAUCGCACUUAGCAUGAACUGCCAGAUCUUUACAACUGUUGGCUCUUCAGAGAAGCGGAAGUACUUACAGGAGAGAUUCCCAAAGCUCACCUCCUCGUCCUUCGCCAACUCAAGGGAUGCUUCAUUUGAGCAACAUGUCCUGAAGCACACAAAGGGAAACGGGGUGGAUGUAGUUCUCAAUUCUCUUGCCGAAGAGAAAUUGCAAGCAAGCCUUCGCUGUUUGGCAAGACAUGGCCGUUUCUUAGAAAUUGGCAAAUAUGACCUGUCAAACAACACACCACUCGGCAUGGCCUUGUUUUUGAGGAACGUGUCCUUCCAUGGGAUCCUCCUGGAUGCCCUGUUUGAGGAAGGCAACCGCGAGUGGGCCGAGGUCUCUCAGCACCUGAAGGACGGCAUCGCCAGUGGAGUUGUGAAGCCGCUGCACACCACCGUUUUCCCCAGAACUGCGGUGGAGGAUGCCUUCCGCUACAUGGCCCAGGGCAAGCAUAUCGGAAAAGUGCUCUUGCAGGUACGCGCUGAGGAGAAAAGCGAGCAACUCUCCAUUCCUGCAAUCUGUCGCACAUUCUUUCCGUCGUCAUUGUCUUACAUCAUCACCGGUGGACUUGGGGGCUUCGGUUUGGAGCUGGCCCAUUGGCUGACGGAGAGAGGAGCCAACAAGCUGGUGUUGACCUCCCGCUCUGGAAUGCGCAACGGAUACCAAGCCAAGAGAGUGGCAGAAUGGAAGGCAACAGGUGUGAAUGUGUUGGUUUCAACUUGUGAUGUUAGCACAACCGAAGGGACUGAACGUCUCAUUGCUGAAGCCUCCAAGCUUGGACCAGUAGGAGGGGUGUUCCACCUGGCUAUGGUUCUGAAAGAUGGAAUGCUGGAGAAUCUCUCUCCAGAGAAAUACAUGGCUGUCGCCAAACCAAAACACCAUGGAACCCUUCAUCUGGACAGGGUGACCAGGGAGAAGUGUCCGGACCUGAGACAUUUUGUAGUCUUCUCCUCGGUGAGCUGUGGCCGUGGAAACGCUGGCCAGAGCAACUACGGCUUUGCCAAUUCCGCAAUGGAGCGUAUCUGUGAACGUAGACGCCACGACAACCUCCCUGCCCUUGCCGUCCAAUGGGGGGCCAUCGGAGACGUUGGGGUCGUCCUGGAGACGAUGGGAGGCAAUGACACGGCUAUUGGUGGCACCAUGCCCCAGCGCAUCUCCUCCUGCAUGGAGGUUCUGGAUCGUUUCCUGUGCCAGCCCGGCCCGGUGAUGUCCAGCUUCGUCAUGGUCGAGAAAAGCAUUGCAGCCAAAGGAGCGGGUAGUGAGAAGAAAGACCUGGUGGAGUCCGUGGCACAUAUUCUAGGUGUGCGUGAUGUGAGCAGCCUGAAUGCUGAUGCCUCAUUGGCUGACCUGGGGCUGGACUCACUGAUGGGCGUGGAGGUGCGACAGACCUUGGAACGUGACCACGACAUCGUCAUGGCGAUGCGAGAGGUCCGUCAGCUGACCAUCAACAAGUUAAGAGAACUGUCUUCUCAACGUGGAACCAAAGAAGACUCUCGGCAUCAGUCAUCUAAGAAGUCAGGCGUGCUGGCUCUGCUGGAGUCGGACCCGAAUGCGUUGUUGGUGAACCCCAACGGCCCCACUGUGGUGCCACUGAACGAGGUGCGGAGCUCCGAGAGGCCCCUCUUCCUGGUGCACGCCAUCGAAGGCUCAAUCUCCGCGUUCCAGGCCCUCACCACCGCCCUCAAAGUGCCCUGCUAUGGCUUGCAGUGCACCAAAGAUGCCCCAUUAGACAGCAUUCAGCGCCUGGCCGCGUACUACAUCAAAUGCCUACGACAAGUCCAAGCAGAUGGGCCUUACCGCAUCGCCGGCUAUUCCUUUGGCGCUUGCGUAGCCUUUGAAAUGUCCUCCCAACUUCAGGUCGCAGGCCAGCCAGUUGAGCACUUGUUCUUGUUGGAUGGUUCUCACUCCUAUGUGGCGGCCUACACUCAGAGUUACAGAGCAAAACUGACGCCUGGGAACGAGUCGGAGGCUGAAACGGAGGCCCUUUGUGCCUUCAUCCAGCAGUUCACAGGAAUGGAGUACAACAAGCUGUUGGAGACUCUCCUGCCACUGGCAGACCUUGAGGCGAGGGUGAAGGCGGCCGUAGACCUCAUUGCCUCCAUCCACAAGGCUGUCGACCGCCCCUCGCUCCACUUUGCAGCCUCCACCUUCUACCACAAGUUAAAAGCUGCCGACAGCUACGUGCCCGGCACCAGGUACCAUGGCACCAUCACCUUACUGAAGGCCAAGAUGAGUAGCGACUACGGCGAGGGACUUGGGACAGACUACAAACUCAAUGAGGUUUGCGAUGGGAAAGUGUCUGUUCACGUCGUCGAGGGGGACCACCGCACAUUCCUAGAGGGCGAGGGCGUGAAGUCCAUCACUGGAAUAAUCCACAGCUCACUCGCUGAUGCCCACGGGCGCGUCAGGGAGGGUUAACGAUAGCGGUGUUCUGAUGCGCUUGCUUACCAUUCCAACAGGAUUUCUAAUCCAUCCUCCCUUUGUGCUGCUUAGGGUCACUAACAUACCAUAGACUAAUCUCUUUGUUUCAUCUCUCCUCUAUUUUUUCCAAUGUAUGUAUGUUUUAGAGAUUGGAUGGACUAGUCCAAUGGACUAGUUAGUUUCUGUUGAUUGGUUAAUUUAUAAAUGUCAAGAAUUUAUAAAUUACAGGGAACAGUACUGCCCUAUAAAGGCAAAGUGCAGUAACUACGGCAACACUGGAAACUGAGAAAAAGGCCUUCAAAGUAUUGAUAUUAGGUUGGAUAUAGCAGUUACUGCCAAUUUGACAUGGUGAUGUCUCUAAUACUGGGCCAUAAGGCUUUGUCACAAGAAAAAGAAGGUGCUCUGAAGACCAUUUUCAGUCUAAACUCAACUUUGUUUUAAAAACAAAUGUAGUUACUGCACUUUGCCUUUGUAGGGCAGAGUAGACAUGUGGGGGAAAAAACCUAUAUUUGGUCAUCAAUCAUGCAAUGUCUGGAAUUGCCUGUACCAACUGCUGUGGAAGAUUUUUUUUUUCUUAAUUAAUAUUCACUGGAAAAAUGCUAAGCAACAUUGCAAGUUACAACAAGGCACAGGUUGAAGUUACUCAUGCCAUUUAUGUUACUGCUACAUUGUUACAUGGACAUGAAAUUAAACCAUCACUAAGAAUAUCCAAGAGGUAUUUUGUUUUUACACUCACUUCGGUGUGGCACUUUCAACAGAUGAAGUGCAUGUCAUCAUUAUUGUUGUCUGUGAUUCCAAAUGUUUCUCUGUGCUUCCAAAUGCUGUUUAUUUUGUGUUGUUGUUUUUUGUUAACAUGUGGUGUCAAAGGUAACUGUUUACGCAUCUCCUAAUUUCAGCCAAUAAUUAUUUUGUGAGGAAUAUUUUGGUCUGGUUGGCCAAGAAGAACAACAUUGUUGUAAUGGCUGCUCUGACUAAUCCAUGAAAUUACUUGUCAUAUUUUACAUAGUUCAUUACUCACAAUAGACUACUGGUUUCAGUGAAUGUUAUGUCAUAUGUGAAACUACUUGUAGAAUCAUUGCAGUUCUUUUAAAUCUUCUUUCAAGGGUCAAGCUGUAUUUUUUCCGUUUUUUCCUAUUAGUAGUACAGGGUAAAUCUGCGCAGUGUUGUCAAAAUCCUUUACAUUUGCGCACACCCCAUUGUGUCUUUUGUGUUACAUUACAGUAGAGUGGGGUCAGGUAAUUGAGCGAUGCGCUUGUUUUUUCUGAGACUUUACUUUAAGUCUAUGACGAAAGCACUGUCUGCUCAUGACUGGAAGUUACAAAUUGGUGCACAAGUAUUUUUCAUUUUUCAUGUAUUUUUGUUUCUUUUUUAUUGUAAUUUUCAUGUAUUUAUUCCACUAGGCAACAUUAAAUGCUCCUACUAACUCUUCCA